AUCACCGAAUUUGGACAACCCUUAUCAACUUACAAAGCCUACAGUUCAUUUCCAAGAAUUCACUUGAGUGCAGAAACUGCGCGACGCAAAACCAAGACACUGACCCUGAGCAUUGCAAACACUCUAUCGGUCAGUGCCACUGAAAUGGGGAUUCCAAAACUGUCCAACGACAGAUUAACGGAACGAUUUGCGCUCAAGAAUUCACAAACAAGUUACAUCUUACGAGAAUCCAUAACAGCUUUAAAACACGAUUUGACUUAA